GCUGCUCUGCAGUGCCAGACGUGUGACCGACCCAAAACGUUUCACAAUCUGUGAAAUUAGUAUUCACUCACGGCAGUCCCGAGCUCCUUCAUCAGAGAAGGAUUGUUCUUCUGUCCAGCUCUGGGUCGGCUGAAGAAUGGACUACCUGAGGAAAGCGAGUGUGCUGCUCGUGUUGUACCUGAACGUGACCUGGCUCUGCUUGGCUUCAGCAGGAAAGGUAUCAGGAGGUGAGGUCAUCAACCUUGGCCAUAAAUCAACAGCCUGGGGGCCUUUAAUGCACAUCAGUGCAAACCUCUCCUCCAUUUCCAGCAUCACCUCCAACUUUGAGUUUCGCACCCUCGAUCCGGAGGGCAUCAUCUUCUACGGAGACACCAAAGAGGGCCAGGACUUUUUUGUGCUUUCUCUGCGUGAUGGCAUUCCUGAAGUGCAGAUCAGAAAAGCGAAUAUGCUGGCCAGUGUGAAAGGAGGACCCAAACUGAACGACGGAGUUUGGCACAAGCUGGAGCUGCGCAGCGAGGGGAAGUACGUGGUGGUGGAAAUCAACGAUAAGGCGGAGCUGGUGGUGGGGAUGGAGUCGGAUCAGACAGAGGACGUGCUGACAGGGAAGAUACGCCUGGCUCUCGGAGGGAUGCUGGUGGAUAAGAAGAGGCUCCUGCAUCCUUUUAACCCUGAGAUGGAUGCGUGCGUACGGGCAGGAAACUGGCUGAACCUGAGCUCUCUCUGGGACGUAGAGCCGAGCUGGAAACCAUCGCCUUGCUUUCUGGAGAUCAAGAAAGGCAGCUACUUUCCUGGAAGUGGAUUAGCUCUGUUUAACACAUCUGAUCUUCCUGGAGUGGAAGCAGAAGAGAAAGGAAUCACGAUCGAGGUGUAUGGAUCUUGGCGUGGGACACUGCUGAGUCUUCAGAGCCUCAGUUUUCAGUACAUCUUGCCCGGGGUUAAGGGAAAGGAGAGCAGGGCUCUCACCGUGGAGCUGAAGGAAGAAUCCGGUUCGAGCAACACUGCUGAGUCCACCAAGCUGACUCUGACCUUACUGAAGCAUUCCCUGGUGUUAAACGGCGAGAUAGAGCUGGAGAACAAGAGCAUCGACUUCCUCUCCAGUUGGACGGAGGGGAUGAGUUUAGCGUUCGGUGGAGUGCCGGGUGAGACUGAGGACUCGACGGACGCGCACCACCUCCAGGGCUGUUUGGAAAGGAUUCUCAUUCAGGGUCAAGACAUCGAUCUCGAUCAGGCUUUCUUCAAGCACGUGUCGAUCUCAUCGCACAGUUGUCCCGCAAAAGCAGUGAACGAACUCACGGACAGUUAGUACAAUCGUUUUUAUCACCGAAAGGGGCGUGGCCACAUUUCCACCAACCAGCUUCCACCAAACAAAUAAACUAACGAUGAUUUAAAUCAUCAUUACAGCUUGACCAAAUCAUUUCAGUAUUAUAUCAUUACAGUAGAUGGUGCCACCCCGAAGUGACAUGCUGACCCACCGUUGCCACCCCAUGUCCAAAAACCUGGACUCAUGAUUAACAGCCCAGUUAACAAUUUAGUUCUUCAGAUUAUAGUAAUGAAGUAAAUAACCUUCUAACUAACAAUAACUAACAAUUAUAAUAGUCCUGUAACAAUACCACUGAUACACAGAUAAGCCAUAACAUUAAAACCACCUGCCUAAUAUCGUGUACGUCCUCCUUGUGCCAUCAAAACAGCUCUGACCCGUCAAGACGUGGACUCCACACGACCUCUGAAGGUGUGAUGUGAUGUAUCUGGCACCAAGAUGUUAACAGCAGAUCCUUUAAGUCGUGUAAGUUGUGAAGUGUCGCCUCCAUGGACCGGACUUGUUUGUCCUUCCUUGGAGCACUUUUGGUCGGUACUGUCAUUCACUGCAUACCGGGAAAACCCCACAAGACCUGGCGUUUUAGAGACACUCUGACCCAGUUUGCUUCCAACACAUCGACUUUGAGAACUGACUUUUCACUCACUGCUUACUAAAUUCCAGCACAGUAACGAGUCAGUGGUUCACCUGUCAGUGGUUUUAAUAUUAUGGCUGAUCGGUGUAUAUUCAUCCUCAUAAAGGAAAAUUGUUGAGAAACUCUGGACAAAUCCCAGGAAGUUCACCUGCCUUGAUGUUUUGUGCUUUCUUUCUAUUGUGUUCAUUCAUACUCUAGUCAGUUCAUGCAAGGUUGAAAGACAAUUAAUGAGUGUUUUCUAACAAAAUAUAAUUAAACAUGCCACUUUACUCA